AUGUCUCUGCGUCCGUCCACUGCUCCUCUGCGUGCCCCUUUGCCUUCUCCUCCUCAGUCUUCUCUUCCUACUCUUGCCGACCCGGAGUUGGACUCUCACCGUGCUGCCAGUCCUACUGUCACGCGUCUUCUUGCCACUCUUGUCACUGACCCUUCCUUUGAGUCCGCUGCUGCGUUUGCCCUAGUUGCUCAGCUGGUCGACUUUGCUGCUGCGUGUCGUCUGGACUACGCUGCCAGUCAUGUUGCUGAGUCUGCUGGGUCUGCUGAGUCUGCGUCUACUGCGUCUGCGUCUGCCUGUUCUCCGUCCGUCGGGGGUGACUGUGCUCUUGGCACGGACGUCCUUGAGGACAGGCAGGAGGAGUUCCAGUGCUUUGCCGCCGCUUUGCCCCAUCUCGUGUCCAUGCUUGUUGCCCCUGAGGGAGACCCGGAUGCUCUAGACAUCCCGACCCCACGCUCUUACGCAGAGGCGAUGGCCGGUCCCUACUCCUCUCAGUGGCAGUCAGCCAUGGACGCAGAGAUGGCUUCCUGGAAGUCCACAGGCACCUACAUUGACGCUAUUCCCCCUCCUGGGGCGAACAUUGUCAGUGGCAUGUGGAUCUUCAGGGUGAAGCGGCCGCCGGGUUCUCCGCCUGUCUUCAAGGCACGCUACCCAGUCUACGGUCUCCGCCAGGCGCCGCGUGAGUGGCACGACACACUGAGGACUACACUUGCGGCUCUUGGGUUUGCUCCUUCUACUGCUGACCCGUCGCUAUUUCUGCGCACCGACACCUCGCUGCCGCCGUUCUACAUCCUCGUGUACGUCGACGACUUGGUCUUUGCCACUGCGGACACUGCCGCACUCGCCCACGUGAAGUCCGAGCUGCAGAAGAGACACACGUGCACAGACCUGGGUGAACUGACAAGCUAUCUUGGCUUGCGGAUCACCCGGGACAGAGCACGCCGCACCAUUACCCUGACUCAGUCACACAUGGUGCAGCAGGUCCUUCAGCGCUUCGGCUUCACGUACUCCUCGCCUCAGUCCACUCCUCUGCCUACGGGACACUCGCUCUCAGCUCUGCCUUCGGAUGAGUCCGUAGAGUCGAGUGGUCCGUAUCCAGAGCUUGUGGGCUGCCUCAUGUACCUGAUGACUUGCACUCAACCUGACCUCGCCUACCCUCUCAGCAUCUUAGCACGCUAUGUUGCUCCCGGCCGUCACCGGAAGGAGCACAUGGAUGCAGCUAAGAGGGUGUUGCGCUACUUGUGCAGUACGUCGGGCAUGGGGCUAGUGCUUGGAGGGCGUGAGCGGCCUGUGCUCACUGGGCACUCAGACGCUUCUUGGGCUGACGACCAGGCUACUCAGAGGUCGUCUCAGGGUUACACCUUCAGUCUUGGCUCUGGCUCUGUCUCUUGGCGCUCUAUUCGCUCUUCUUCGGUUCUCAGCUCCAGCUGUGAGGCUGAGAUCUACGCCACGGCCAUGGCUGCCCAGGAGCUUCGCUGGCUCACCUACCUGCUGACUGACCUUGGAGAGCGGCCUCGUUCUCCUCCAGUGCUGUACGUCGACAACAAGGCAACCAUUGCCUUGUGUGAGGAGCACAGACUGGAGCACAGGACGAAGCACAUUGCUCUGCGCUACUUCCUUGCUCGAGAGCUGCAGCAGCGUGGUCAGCUUCGCCUGCGUUUCGUGGCCACUGAGGCCAACACUGCUGAUGUGUUCACCAAGGCACUUCCGCCUCGUGACCAUCAGCGCUUUUGCACUCUGCUAGGCCUUGUGCCCACUGGGCCUCACUUGCUUACCUCUUGA